CAAGAAUCCACCACAAAAGCACUGGCUAGCUGUUGGGAGUUGAGAGGGACAAUUCAUUAGGAUAUUGCUAAAGCUUCUAGUACCAGUGAACUCUCAUUGGGAGUAAGAAGAAUUAUCCAGGUAUGGAAGUACCGGUGGAAAUCUUAUCAAUGAAAAAUGUUUCUUUGUCUCUGGAAAUUGAAGAUGAGCGUCCUAUUUCUUUGGAAAGUGAAGUGUUAAUCGAGGAUAUUUCUAUUUCUCUAGAAAGUGAAUUUCUAAUUGGUGACAUUCCUAUGAUAGAAGAAAACUAUACAACUUGGAAAGAUAAGAUGGAAAGUUUUUUGAAGAACAUAGGACUAUAGGAUUAUGCUGUUGGAGGAAAGUGUGAACCUGAAAAUACUCCCAACAAAGAAUAUGAGGAUUGGAAGCUAAAAAAGGGAGAAAUUAUAUCAAUAUUCAGAAAAAAAUGUGGAAUUAAGACACGACCAUAUAUUGAAGGACUAUACAAUAUCACACUUAUUUGGAAGCAAUUGGUUACCAUGAAUGAGUUCAUUUAUCCAACAAAAACAGGGAAAGUGAGGAGAAGCACAAAUUACACAUGGUGCCUCCCCUUUUACAAAGCUAUUGUAGAUGGUAAUUGGAAGACUGUCUCGCAGUUCCUCUCAGAAAAUGAGGGAGUUCUUACAGUGAGGCUCACAUCAGAAGGAGAUCUUCCUAUUCAUGUGGCAGUUCAACAAGGAAAGGUUGAAAUUGCAAAAGAGUUUAUUAAAAAAAUGCCCACAAAACUUCUAUCAGAACAAGGAAAACAUGGUAGAACAGUCCUUCAUGUUGCUGCUUCAGGUGGGAAUGAAGCGAUCGUCAAGGCUAUUGUAGAAAAAGAUGCGAAACUAGUGAUGAUCAAAAGCAAAUACUACAUGGAUAGAAUUCCGAUCAUCGUCGCUGCAAGGGCCAGCAACAAAGAUGUGGUGAAUUAUCUUUAUCCGAUCACCAUAAACCAAGAAGCUAUUCAGAAGGAAGACAACAAUGGCCAACGUGAAAUAACUAGAGCUACAAUUCUUACUCGUCUAAUUUUUGGUGAUUUUUAUGAGCAAGCUUUCGAUCUACUAAAGAAAUACCCACAUUUAGUCUUGACCAAGGAUGAUUGCAAGUAUACAGCCGUGGAAGCACUCUCGAUAAAGCCUGCUGCAUUUCAAAGUUCAGUACCAAACAAAAGAAGAAUUGGGACUUUGGGAUAUUAUUUCAUGAACUCAUUGCUAGAUGUUCAUGUUGAUAUCAAAAAUGCUCGUUGGUGCACGAGAGGAGACGUGGAAAAUUCUUUCGAUGCCAACGAAGACAACAUUCAAGGAAAUAUCAUGUGUGGACUAUGCACUAGUACAAAUUGUAUUAUUUUUCAGUUUUGCAAGGAUCUAUGGCUAAGCUUCCGCUGGCUAUUUCAGAAUGCACUUAUUAAACUAGUGCCUCAUUGCAAGUACAUAUAUGAGGAGAAGUUGAAGCAUUAUGAAGCUUAUAAGCUAGUAAAGGAAGUAUGGAGGCUACUAUCAGAAGUUGAAGACCUUGAGGAGGCUCAGAAUGAUGUACUGGUUUCAGCAAUGUUUCGAGCAACAAGGCAUGGGAUUGUUGAAUUUAUCGAAGAGUGUAUCAACAACUGUCCUCAACUUUUAUCACGAUUGAGAAUUACAUCAGAUUUCAGUGCAAAUGAAGCAGGCCAAACAAUAUUUCAUCAUGCAAUCAGCAACCGCCAAGAAAAGAUUUUCGGGCUUAUCCAUCGCCUAGGCCCAUUGAAGAAUGAUAUUGCAACCAUGAAGGAUGCAUCAGGAAACCGCAUGUCUCAUCUAGCUGCCAAAAAAGCACCUACUCAGAGGCUCAAUCAAGUUUCUGGUGCAGCUCUCCAAAUGCAACGUGAGCUACUAUGGUAUAAGGAAGUGGAAAGUGUUAUGCCCUCCAUCUAUGCGUUAUAUGAAAACAAUAAAAAGGAAACAUCAAUAGCAUUAUUCACGGAGGAGCAUAAAGAACUACUAAAAGAAGGAGCAGCAUGGAUGAAAGAUACAGCAACACAAUGCAUGGUGGUAGCAACACUAAUCACUACAAUUAUAUUUGCAGCAGUGUUUACCAUCCCAGGUACCAAUAAGGAGAGUAGUUGUGAUUAUGCAAGAGGAGUGGAAUACAAUUACAUACAUGGCAAGUUUCCUAUAAUUUUUGUCAUAUCAAACAUAUUAGCCCUUUGCUCUUCUGUUGCUUCAAUGUUGGUGUUUCUAGCCAUUAUUACUUCACGAUAUGCAGAAGAAGACUUCUUAUCUACUUUGCCUCGGAUGUUGAUGAUGGGCCUUUUAUUUCUCUUCGUCUCUAUAGUGGGGAUGAUGAUAGCCUUUGUGACAGUUAUCUUAGUCAUGCUUCGCUACGAAGUUCUAUGGAUCUCCUUGCCAAUUGUCUUUGUAGCAAUUAUCCCAGUCACUAUAUAUGCUUUGGUGGAACUUCCUCUCUUCAUGCAAUUGAUGUUUACCACAGCCUCAUCAGAUGUCUUCUUCGGGAAGAGAAAUUUAAAUAAGCAUGCAUGAGUGGGUAAUAGUAGUACCAUUGGUGUAUGUUACAGGGAAUACUAAGAGAAGUGUCUGGUUAGUUGUAAACUUCUUUAUUUGAUUGGUUGAGUGAAAUUAAUUUGUAUACAUCAUUAAUUUAUAAGCAUCAUUAAGGAGGGAUUUUUAGCCUA